GUCACCCAGAUCACAGAGCAGGAAGAAAAGAUGGCGGCGAGGAACGGGAAGAGUGGUCUACUUGAAAAAUGGAGGAUUGAUGAAAAGCCUGUGAAGAUUGACAAAUGGGAUGGUGCUGCAGUGAAGAACUCUCUAGAUGAUGCAGCUAAGAAGGUUCUAAUUGAAAAAUAUGGCUAUGUUGAGAACUUCAACCUGGUCGAUGGACGUCUGUUCAUUUGUACAAUCUCCUGCCUUUUUGCUAUUGUAGCUUUAAUUUGGGAUUAUCUACACCCAUUCCCAGAGUCAAAGCCAGUCCUGGCAUGCUGUAUCAUCACAUACUUCAUAAUGAUGGGCAUUUUGACCCUGUACACUUCUUACAAAGAGAAGAACAUCUUCUUAGUGGCCGUGCAGAAAGACCAAGCUGGUAUGGACCCAGAUCACGUUUGGCAGCUCUCCUCUAGUCUAAAAAGGUUUGAUGACCAGUAUACGUUAAGAAUGUCCUUCACACACGGGAAAACAAAGCAGACGAGGGAGACUGAGUUUACAAAGUCUGUCGGGGCAUUCUUUGAUGAGAAUGGAACGUUGGUGAUGGAUCAGUUUGAAAAAUGUGCCUCAAAGCUUCAUGACACAUUGACCAUAGAGAAGAAGUCAAAAUAGCAUUUAGUCAAAAAUGAUGGAACCAGCCCUCAGCGUUCCAGCAUAUGUGGUAACAUUGGCUCUAUAGUGGGACAAAGCACUAUAAGAUGUUAUUCAGGCUUGCGUGUGUUAUCAGAGUUUAGCUCUCAACUGUAACAUUCAAGGUUAGGAAAGUUUUUUUUAUUAUUAUUAUUAUUGCUUAUGUUUAUAAAAUGGUCCAAUUUUUUGUUUCAUUGAUCAUCUUUUUUUUUUUUUUUUUUUUAUUUAAAAUUUUUUUUUAAGGUUCAAUUUAUACAUGUGUUUCAGUUUUAUGAUCUUCUAGAAGUAGUUCACCCAGAAAUGAAAAUUACAACAUUUACUCAACCCUAGUUGUUGUUUUUUUGUGAUCCACGGCAGAGCUAAACGGUUUUGGAAUAGCAUGAAGGUAUGAUCUAUUCCUUUUGAAAAGUGAAAAGCCACACAAUUUACCUAAUAUGCAUAGAAACAGUGUUCAGUAUAUCAUGUCAGCAUAUUUUAGGUAUCAAUUAAACAGAAGUGCUGUUGUUUAGUAAUCACACACUCAUUGUCUGAAACGCUUUUUUGUACAAUUGUGAACCAGUGUAAAUAUUGUCCAGAGAGCCUUAUUAAAUGUGACUUCAAUGUUACAUAUUGUGCUUUUUUCCUAUUCUGAAUUUAUCUGUUGUUAAGGCUUUGAAGGACAACAAAAAGCAAGAAAUCUAUCUGUUGUGUUGUCCCCUUGGCUGCUUUUGAUCCUUUUUUGUUUGGCCAUUUAAUUUUGAACCAGGGAUAAUCGUUUUAUGUUCCUUUUUUUGGAGGUUGAAUGUGGAUCAGUUUUGACCUGUUUUCACACACAUUUUUUCUGUCAACAAAUUUUCCUGCAGAUUAAUAGUUUCAUAAUUUCUUUUGACAAGGUUAGAAACAACUGGAUGCAGAUUCUUUCUCCAUAAUGUGAACUAAUAGGCCUACUAAAUUUCACAAAAGACGUCUUUGCGGUUUUUGUUUUAAAUAUUUUCAGCUUCAGCUACCCAUAUUAUUGUAUGUGCCUGUUCUUCUCAAACAAAAAAAGUUAUAAAAUAAAAAGGCAUUUUUACA